AUGUCUCACGCCGACCACACCCGCGACCCGUGCCGCCGUUUAAGUCCGCCCCAUGCGCCGCAUACCGCUGCGCCUCGGAGUAUUCAACGGAAAGCUGACAGCAGCCCGUAUGUCAUCCUGAACGACUUCGGAGGAGCGUUCGCCAUGGGCGCUAUCGGUGGUGGUAUCUGGCACGGUAUCAAGGGUGCCAGGAAUAGCCCCAAGGGAGAGCGUCUCGCCGGUUCGCUGUCUGCCAUUAAGGCUCGUGCUCCCGUUCUCGGUGGAAACUUCGGUGUCUGGGGUGGAUUGUUCUCGACCUUUGACUGUGCCGUCAAGGGCUACAGGCAGAAGGAGGACCCCUGGAACGCCAUCAUCUCUGGUUUCAUGACUGGUGGAACUCUUGCUCUCCGUUCCGGUCCCAAAUCAGCAUUCGGCUCUGCCGUCGGAUGUGGUAUUCUCCUGGGUGUGUUUGAGGGUGUUGGUGUUCUGAUGGGCCGCAUGUUCGCGCAGCCCGUGCCGGCGAUGCAGCUGCCCGAGCAGGCUCCUGCCGCGCCCGCCGUUGCUUAG